CAACCAAUCACAGCUUUGGAGCGACGACAAGCAGACAACAAUUUGCCUGUCUUCCCACCACGAGUGAUCUACCAACAGAGACCGAAGAAAAACUUGCAAAAGAGAACCAUGGUGGUAUUCAGUGUCAAGGCAGAAGAAGGUGGGGCCUAUGGACCCUUCUGCUCUGACAGAAUUAUGACGUACAACACUGUGAUUACAAACAUCGGUGAUGCCUACGAUAAAUGUACAGGUGUCUUCACUGCACCUAUUGCAGGUGUUUAUUAUUUCACCUUCUUCUACCAUGCUGGAGGAGAGCAUGAGUCCAAGCUGAUACUGCACAAGAACAAAGAGCCGGUUGUGAUGACAUCUGAUCACAAAGAAAAAGUGACCAGAUGUACCAGUGAAACUGCUGAUAAUGGGGGAAAUGCAGUGUUCCUGAAGCUGGAGAAAGGGGACAAGGUGUGUGUUCACCUGCCUGCAGGAUCUCAUGUUUUCGCAUCAGAGGGCCACACCACCUUCAGUGGUUUUCUGGUCAACUCAUGUUAGAACUGAUGUCUCCAAAAACCUGAAAUCAAUGAUGCAUCUACAUGCAAAUUAAAAUUCAUAUUGAUACAGGUGGCUGUUGCCGUCCUGUUACUGUAUUCAAUCAAAAUAAAUCAUUACAGCAUUA